AUGAAGUAGCUAACUUCACCUGGAAGUGCGGCUUUUAUAGACUAAUAAGCAUAACAGAAAAAUCAAUAUCUGAUAAUAAGAAAGACUUCUUAAAAGCAAUUCAGCCCUGCUAGAGACUCAGGACCAGAUCAAUUAGAGGCAACUCCCAAUAGGAUAAAUAUGCAAUCUCAUUAGCAAGCGCAAAUUAUAAAAUGGAAUCUUGAAAACUACCUUUAAUGCAAAAAAAGAUGUGGUUAAUACGGUAAAUCUGCCUAAAGAACAAUAAAUCCCACAGAUGAAGAUCUAGCUUCUUUAGUGUAUGAAAAUGCUAUCCCACAGAGACAGAGAUCAGAGAGUAAUUAGAAGAGAAAUCUUAUCAGCUAAGUUGGAGCUAUCAUUGAAACUCAAGGAUAAUCUAACCAAUAAAUUAUUGCUAAAGAAAUAGAAGAAAAGCUCUUUGCAGCAUAAUAUAAAGCUUAAAAAGGAAACAUAAUAAACUCAGCUUUUAAAAGCUCUAGCGACUUACUGAAAAUGAAUUCUACCAAUGAAUAAGAUUCUAAUAUGGUUAGCAAAUCAGGAAGAAAACUUUAUAACAAUGAGAACGUGACUUCUCAUUAGAAUAAGACAAGCAACCAGAUCUUUUCAACUUUUAGUAGUCGAUUAGAGUAAAGUGAAGUAAGCAAUCCAUUUCUGAGGGUUUAUUCAAAAGUAAAUAAUUACUAAGAGAGGCCUUAAUCUCAAAUAAAGCCAACAAGAGAUAAGGUUGAUGAUUAUUUGGACUAAAUUCAAGAUAAUAAAAAUGCAAAUAUGAGUUAUUGUAAUGAAACAAAGCGUAAUAGCAGGUUUUAUGGUAAACAGGCUGCCUCAAACAAUAUGUCUAGAACCACUAAAUCCAAUAUAUCCUCUGAGCCUGUCAGUCCGAAGCAGUAAAAUAAAUUCUAGUUAAUUCCAAAGAGAGUUGAAUCCCAAGCCUCACUCAAACUUAUGAGUGAGAAUUAGCAUUAGACAUUUAGCUUUACAGAUCAUGGCCCUCAAGAGAGAGUUCUAACAACUUCUAAGCAAGAUUCUAAUAGACUUGUUGAAUAAUUUGUUAAGUUAUCUCCUAAAGGCUCAAAGUAUAGUCAAAGUGGUGGUUAAUACGAUUCAAGUUCUCAUAAUAUGAGCAGGCAUAGUAAGGAAAGAAGAGUUACUUAAAAUGAUCAAUUAAGAUAAUGGGAAAAAGUUUUAAAUGAGAAAAAACCAAAAACUCGCAAAUUUAAAAUGAAUAUACAUCAAAGUCUACUUGACAAUCCAUAUACUCCUGAAGAACGAUCUACAUACCAUAAAUCGCUAAUUUCAAAGAAAGAAAACUUUUCCGUCUAGUCAUAGAUAAAGGAUUAACUCAAUAAAGUAGGGACACUUUCUUAAAUCUAUGCAAACCUUAAGAACUAGAGCAACUAUAAAUCAGGAAUCAGCAGCAUUACUGUUUCCGGUAUUAAAAAGGUUUAAAGCGGAUAUAUGACUCACACCAGGUCAUCCAAAAACAAGUUAAAUCUGAAGUGA